AUGGUGAUGGCAGAAAUCAAAACAAAAAAAGCAGAAAAAGAAUCGACAAAGACAGAGGAUGAGAAAAUUCAGGAAAUAAAAAAAGCUGUCAACGCGAUAGUCAUUAAAAAUGACGCAAAAUCGUCAUCGAAAAAAAUCUCUUCCUUCAACCCGGUCCGAAAAACGAUUCUCAAGAAAACCAUCAAAAUCCAGAGCAAGUAUUCCAUCAACCAAAUCCGCCGCCAACCACCCACUUACUUUGACGCUUCAUCCCUUUCUCUCACGAUAAAACGCCUCAACUCUUCAAAAUAA